GUAAAAACUGAGAAGCAGAACAAACUCAAAGCCAGUCGGUGUAGGGUAUACGAACAUAUUUCAAUGUUUAUAUCUGAUUUUGGUUAAGGGUUAACCUCACUUGAAAAUAUAAUAAGUUUCUCCUGGAGAAAUAACCAGUUCAUUUCUUCAACUGGAAAGCAUGAAUAAAAUAUAUUACAAGAAUUUCAAGAAAGUUGAACUCGAAAAUAACUAUGUGAUGGGAACUUGUAUGGAAAUGUGCCCGGAGGCAGAAAUCAAGAUGAGAGAACGUGAACGACUUCUUCAUCCUUUUGAAAUGCUCGUUGGUACAGAAAGAGAUAUAUUACCAAAAGCUGACAAGACACGGACUGUCAAAUCUUUUUCACGUUCAGCAGCUGGAAAAUUGAUGCCAGAUCCAAGGAGUUUGAGGCCUCCCGACAUCCUUGUUAAGACAGUCAGCUAUCUUCUGGAUGACGUAAUAAGCAGAACAGGAGUUCAAUGGAGGGUUAUUUACGACUUCGUUAUGGAUAGACUCAGAUCCGUCAGGCAGGAUAUGAUUAUUCAAAACAUUUCGAGACAACACCAAAUAAACAUACUGCAGCCGAUAGUAAAAUUCCUUGCGUUCGCCUCAUACAAGUUGUGUGAAGAAAGCAUACACGACUUCGAUCCACACAUAAACGACAGUCAUCUUCAAGAGUGUUUGAAGAGAUUGUUGUGUAUGUAUGAUUAUUGCGACGAAAUGGAAAAAUCUACAGACGGAGACAAGAAUGGAUAUUCGGAUGAAAGCAGAUCAUACUUUGAAGCUAUGUAUGUUGUAUUCAAUUUGGGGAAUACCACAGCCAUCACCCGGGCAGUAAAUUUACCCAACAAGUGGAAGAAUGUUUUGGUGAAACGAACUGUGGAAAUGUCUCUGGCUCGGUCGAAUAAUAAUUUCGUGAGGCUCUGCAGAUUGAUCGAGUUACUACCACCACUGUUGGCUGCACUUGCCUAUUUGCAUCUGCCAAGUCUCAGGAGGGACUGUUUCAAGAUAAUGUCGAAUGCCUACAGUUCGAAAAAUUUGUUUUUUCCUGUUGCUGUUUUGCAAAAGAUUUUGCUGUACAAUAACGAAGACGAAAUAGUUAGUGAUUGUAACUAUUAUGGGAUUAAAGUAAAAGAAAACGGCGUUGUUUUUUUGAAAACCGAUUUUGACUCCAAAAAACCUGUGGUGAGUCUGAAACGACGAUCUGUGGUGCUGGAUGAGAAAUUCAGUUGCCUAGACAUUUCUGCUGUGAUUUUGAGUUGUCAAUGAUGGAAUAUAUGUUUCUACUAGAGAAAACUCAAAGUUGAUCUCAGGAAAUAAGAAUCCGAAAUUUUAGUGGAAUUAUUAUAUCAACGUGAUUCUAUUUAACACGAUUUUUGAGUUUUUAUCGAAUUUUAAUACAAUAAAUGUUUUUAUUAAUAUUUUUAUUGAACUGAUUGCAAAAUAAAUGUUGUCUCAAGUUGCA